GCGUGGCUAGUGCUGUGAGUUACUCCACCGGUUCUCGCUAUAAAUACACGCGCAUCCAGCCAUGGGAGGAGCUUCCAUUCCGUUCUGCUUGGCUACGUAGCCCCACUCACUCACCGGCCCCAGCUUCGCUUCUUCUUCUCUAGCUCAUUCUGUCUCCCCUGUCUAUGCCGUGCUGAACCAGAACCAGAUGGAGAAGGCGAGGAGGCGUCGUGUGCCGGCGUUCGGGGAGUGGAACUACAACUACGACUACGCCGAGCCGCAGGCGGCGGCGGCCGCCGCGUGCUACGCCACGCCGGCGCCGGAGGCCUGCAGCGACGUGUGGUUCAGGUACUCGCCUCCUCCACGCAAUCCCACGCCCAAGAAGAAGCAGGCGAGGCGGCGGCGGCCGGAGGGCGACGUGUCCCGGGAGCGCGCCAGGGCGUCCUCGGACGCUGCCACGGCCAAGAGCGGCGCCAGCAGGUACCAGGUGCGGCACGUCGACGAGGACCUCUACAAGGCGCCACCGCCGGAGCCCGCCUCCCACCGGCGGCCAAGGAAGAAGUGGAGCAUGUGGAUGGGAUGCCUGGGCCUCAACUCAUGCGUCGCCUCCUGAACCCCGAUGGGAUGCUGCGCCCUGCGUUCGUGUUCAUCACCAGUGUUCAUUUGCCCUUUCUCUUGGAUAUACAGUACUGCUAUACGUCUGUCCACUUCUCUCUCCGAGUGUUCUGUGCGUAUGUCUUGGCUUGUGGCAAAAUGGUUACUAACUCCAGUAAAACUAGCUGACUGCUAGUAACAUUUCGAGUUUCUACUCUCUUGUGUGAUGUUGCUCAAGAUAUUAUUAGUAACAUUUCGAGUUUCUACUUCUUUUGUGUAAUGUGAGUAAGAUAACAUAUUGGGUGCAACAUCUUGUCUCGUGCUUAACAAACACGUCGAUAUAC